AUGCCAUAUGCACUGAUUUCAGUGGCCACAGUUCCACUUGGUGAAUCGGUGACCUUCACAUGUUUUUUCCCUGAUUCGGAGUAUAGCAAUACACGAGUUAAAUGGUACAGACAAAGCAUCGGUGAUUCACUCCUGUUAAUGACUACACUGAUGAAAGCUACUUCAAAUCCUACUUUUGAACAAGGGUUUCCUUCCUCACGAUUUGAUGCAAACUAUACCAUAAUCAUGAGCACGCUGACCAUUUUGAGGACAAUCCAAGAAGAUGAAGCAGUGUAUCACUGUGCAGUCUCUACCUGGAGUAAGGAUAAGUGGAAUGGGACAUAUUUGUCUUUAAAAGAAAACACUCACAGGACAGCAAAAUAUACUGUUGUCCAGUCGUCGACAGAAUCCAACCCAGUUCACCCAGGAGACUCUGUGACUCUCCAGUGCUCAGUCCUCUCUGACUCUGAACACAAGACAUGUCCAGGACGAUACAAUGUGCACUGGUACAGGGCCAGAUUAGAUGGAUCUCAUCCAGACAUCAUUUACACUGAUGGAAAUAGCCAUGAUCCGUGUGACAAGAGACCUGACGCAUAUUCUUCUCCAAAGAGCUGUGUCUAUCGUUUCUCUAAGAAUGUCAACAAGUCUGAUGCUGGCACUUACUACUGUGCUCUGGCCACGUGUGGAGAGAUAAUCUUUGGAAAUGGAACAAAACUGGACAUUGAAGGAACCAGCAUAUGGUCCUUUGGUGAUUUAAAGAGGGCAGAUGUGAUUCUGCCCCUGCUGUGUGCUGUCUUGGCUAUAUGUGUGAUUGUUAUAGCCUGUCUCAUUUAUGCCAUCAACAAAAACAAGUGUGAUCAUUGCAACGCUGCUGUUUCCCUGCACAAAAGUCAGAAAAAUAUGCAGAGAGAUGAAGAUUCAUGGAUGUACUCUGCUGCCGUCUUUACCAUGAUGAAACCUCGCAGUGGUGGAGUGAGAGAUGCUAAAGCACUGGAGAAAGAGAGGCUCUACGCUGCUGUCAAGGCUUUUGGGUUGGAUUAAUUAGUGCCCUAUGUGUGCUCGUUGAUAUUAUUCUGUUUAAAAAGGACAUAUCAAGCUUUUUGUGAUUUUCUUUUUUUUUUUUUACUGUUAUGAUGUUGGAUAUCUAUGUUAAACAUGGUCAAAGGUCCCAAACUUGAGGUGAACGUAUAUAAAAUGUUCCUUGUAAGUGUGCUCUGAUGGCUUUGUUUGCAAUUUUACCUCUACUUCCUCCUUGUGAUGAUGUCAGAGUGUUCCCUCAUGCCCAAAAAUGGCUGUCAAUUCCGUAGCCUCAUAUUUCGAAUCAGAUUCAUGCUCAAACAUGCACAGAUGUACUUGAGAAGUUUCCAUUUUGAGUAAAGAACUAGAAAAAGAGGUGAAAUCCUACUACUACUGUUUGCUUACGACACCUCCCGAGCCACCAGAAGUCCAAGGGUUAGCUUCCACAAGCUAACCAAUCAGAACAGAGUGGGCUUAUUCACAGAAGCCUUAAUAUUCAGUUUGUUGUAUAUGUUAGCCCUUUAUAUCUACAUAGGGAGCGAGUCCUCUUCCACAGAGCCUGCUAUUUUGCCCCACCAUGUUUCUACUAGGGAU